AUGAGCUACGGGCACAACUACGGCCUCGACGAGGCCGCACUGCUCAAAGCGUACAACAUCUCCACCGUCCACCCGGAGGCAUGGGAGGAAGUGGACCAUGCGCACGAGGGCCCGCUGGCCGGCACACUCAGUGCCGAGGGCGGCGGCGUGGCCGACGAGAUGGAUCCGUUGGGGCUGCGGGGCAGGCUGAGUACCAUGUCAGCUGGGUGUCCCCCGACGUGUGAGCAGCUGGCAGAGGCAGGUGCUGGGCGUGCAGUCGUGUGCUUCAAGCAGAAGAGUUGGUGGUUGGGGACAGUGCUGACUUGCAGUUCGGGAGAGAGGGACCUCCAGACGCGCGCUGCGACGCUCCUCUCGUCCAAGGCGUUUGACCCAAAGAUCUUUCUCAGUAUCCAGCACCCAGACGCGAGCUACCAGGACCUCCAGACGGGUAUCGACCACCUGGUCCACGCGAUCGAGAGCAGGAGCGAGCAGGUCCGUAUUCUAGUCGAGGAGAACUUUGACCGCUUUGUGGCUGUCAAGGCUACGAGCGAUGUUGUCUACCGUGACAUGGUGGAGAGCUUCCUCGCAAAGGACACGGACCACGGUACGCGCGAGCUGCGCGAGAUCUUCAAGGUCGCCGGCCACCGCGCCGACCAAGUCUUCCUCCCUGUCCUCGAGAACGUCGUCAAGGCCGCCAAGCUGCGCUCGACACUGGGCGUGUUUGAGAAAUCCAAGUUUCUGUUCAACCUUCCCGGCCAGCUGCUGGACAGCAUCAAUGCGGGAAAGUACGAUCAGGCGCUGCGCGACUACAAAAAGGGCCUGUUCCUCCACGCCGCGCGCUCGCAGCCUGGCGCGUUCAUGCCCGGCGUCCCCGCCACCACCCCAGACCAGAUUGCCCGCCAGCGCCGCGUGUUUGAUAAAGUCUGGGACUCGGUCGAGAGCGUGAUGCGCGACAUGCGGCACCGGCUAGACACCAUGCUCAAGGACCCCAGCAAGAGCGUGGAUGAGCACGAGAGGACGCUAGAGAUCCUUAUUGAGCUGGAGGGAUCGGAUGAGCCGGCGUGGGGAUACCUCGAUUACCAGCACCAACAUAUCCUCGACAGCAUGCGGCAAAUGUACAACCGAGCGCAGGAGAGCAUUCGAGAAGCCCAACAGGUGGCUGCGUCCGAGCCAUCGUCGUCGUCGCACCUCACAGACCUGCUCCGUCGCCAGCUCGCAAGUCCGCACUACGAGCCCAACCUCCUCACUCCCUCUGCUGCCGAGCAUGUGUGGGCGGCCGUCCGCGCCAUGGUCCGCCAGCAGUCUGAGUACGUCGUGCGGUCGCUGCCGGGCUUUUGGCGCAUUGCCAAGGCGUGUAUGGACGGUCGGUACCGCAAGCGCGACUCGUCGGGCACGCUGCGCGCAUCGCACCGCCCGGCAGCCUCGUGCCGCCAGAUGGCCUCGGACAUUGUCAAGCUCUACAUUGCUACGCUGUCGCAGUACUUUACGCUGUCGGACAUGACGCUUGUCAACUCGAACGCUAUGGGUCGCGACCCCAACUCCAAGGCUGCUGCCGACACCAAGGUCCCCAGCUUUGUCCCUGCGGGCACCACGGUGCUUGCUGCUGGUUACUUUGCCGAGCGUAUUCUCGACGAGGUGUCCGAGUGCGCCAACGAGCUGUUUGCGAUCGAUGUCGGCAAGGAGGCCUCGCAGGGUGCCAGGGCGAUGCUCGAGUCGCUGCGCUGGCGCAUGCUCGAGGUCGUGGCCUCGACGUGGGCGCGGGAUGUGCGCAACUUGCACCUGCUCGAGGACUGGAAGCCGUCCGUCAACGGCGCGCGUGGCGAGACGCGCUACUUGGACCUUUCGACCGAGUUCCAGACCCGCGUGCUCGUGUCUGCUCGCCGUGUGUCUGCUGGGCCGCCCGUGGGACCCAAGGACAAGGAGGCGCUUCCGCCUCUCACUGCGACGUUCAAGCGCAAGCUGCGCGAGACGGUGCUCGAGACGGAAGAGCUCUUGUUCAAGGGUAUCCUCGCCCUCGGCACAGCGUCCAACGAGGACAUCAAGGUCGCCCGGCCGUCUCGCGCACGCUCCAACGCGCCCACCGACCCCGAGAAGCGGCUCCUGUACACGCUUGCGACGUUUGACCGGCUCAAGGAGACUGUCAUUCCGGAGUUUGCCCGCAAGGUCGGCGAACAGCUCGGCAGCGACGCCGCGGCGGUCGACAGUGCGUCAUGGGAGGAAAUGGUGGAGGACCUCGACAUGGUGGUGUUUGACCAGUUUGUCACCCGCCGCUCGGACCAGCUCGAGCACCUCGUCCGCGACGGCGUGCUCACGGGCGGGAUGGACUGGAUCAACACGCCCCGCCCCACCGAGGUGCGCGCGUACAUGCACCGCGUGGUGCUGUUGCUCGUCGAGGCGCACGCGCGCGUCGGCGACGCUGCGCCGGCGCUCGUGUCGCGCGCACUCGAGACCCUCAUCGAGCGCGUGUGCGUCACGGCCCUCGAGGCGUUCCAGCGCGUGGGCCGCUUCGGCACGGGCGGCAUGUUGACGGCCACGCUCGAGAUUGAGUUUUUCAACCAGUCCGUCGCCGCCUACCUCACCCCGCAGGGCAAGGAGAGCCUGCAGCAGGUGUACAAUGUCGUCUCGCAGGGCUAUCGCAAGCAGCAGGCGCCCGAAGCCAUGGACCGCGACUUGGACGCCAUGCGCCGGAUCCUCGAUGUCAGCAGGCGGAGCACCGGCGUCGAGACGCUGUGCUUUAGGAGCCAGGCCGGGCAGUGA